AUGAUCCCGACCUUCGGGUUGAUGACGACGGUUGGCAUUUUUCAAGUCUACUUGAAGGAAAACCAGCUUGCAGACUGGUCUAAUACGGAAAUAUCGUGGAUUAUAUCCGUCUUUGGCUUUCUUGCAGUCCUUCUGUGCGGCCCCUUUGGCGCAGUGUUUGACAAAUUCGGCCCUCGAUGGCUGAUGACGCCUGCUGCCACGGUGUACUGCGCAUCAUUUCUCGGCAUUGCUUUCAGUAAUCGGUAUUGGCAGUUCUUCCUCUGCUUCUCCACUGCCGGAGUAGGUGCGGCGGCAUUGACCACGAGCGCUCUAGCAGUGAUCAAUCAUUGGUUCGACAAGAAGAAGGGGUUGGCAAUGGGCAUCUGUACCAUGGGCGGCGGACUUGGUGGCGUGAUAUUCUCAGUCGUACUUCGAUUUACCACCAAACACCUUGACUGGACUACGGCCAGUCUGGUUCAUCUUGCAAUAAUUGGCGCGUUUCUGUCCCUCGGGUGCGUCUUGAUCAAACCCAAGAUACGCAAGCCUCCUCAGGGCAAGCUGUGGGACUUCUCCUGCUUCCGACGCUGGGAAUUUGUGCUCUUUACCUUGAGCGUGUGUGGUUUUGAGCUGGUUCUAUUUGUGGCCUGGGGUCUGCUUCCGACAUACGCCAACACAGUCAAACUUGGCGACGUCUUUUAUCUGACCCUUGUAUUCAGCGUGGGUUCUUCUCUGGGAAGGAUAAUUCCCGGAUAUUUCACCGAUAGGAUCGGUCCUUUCAACGUUACCAUUGUGAUGACGAUACUCACAGAGGCGACGAUGCUUGUACUAUGGCUCCCCUUCGGCGAUACCUCUGCAUCUGCAUUAUACGCUGUUGCUUUCCUCCUGGGAUUUGGCACCGGCAGUUUCGUCUCAACGGCGGCGACGUGUCUUGGCAGACUCUGCAACGCUGAAGACGGCGGUACCUACAUAGGCUGCUGUUACGCCGUCGUCAGCCUGGCGACACUGGUCGGUAAUCCUGCAGGACAAGCUGUGCUGGGUGAUGGACAAAAUGGCCGCACCCGUUGGACCGUGGCCUUCCUCGGACUCAUUCUGAUGGUGGCCCUGACCAGCUGCUGCUUCGUGCGGUGGUUGUGUAUGAACAGAACAUGGAAGUGGUCGGUAAAAGUGUGA